CCGCUAGAGGGCGCAUAACAGGAACAGACUAGAUGUCAGACGCAGCUACACACGAAGAAGAAGAAGAAGUGGAGCGAAGAAAAAAAUGGCGGCACCGUGUGGUCAUUAUCGGGGCUUAUAAAUCCGCGCUAUUGUCUUCAAAGGAACCUGAGGUGUGUUACCUUUUCCUGACGACGAUGGCCACUCAAAGAGUGUUACCUCAGAGCAAAGAGACUCUGCUGCAAAACUACAACAAGCGACUGAAAGAUGACAUCAGGUCCAUCCUGGAUAACUUCACCGAGAUUAUCAAAACAGCAAAGAUAGAAGAUGAGACGCAGGUAUCUCGACCGACCCAAGCAGAGCAGGACCAUUAUGAGAUGCACGUUAGAGCAGCUAACAUUGUGCGUGCUGGUGAGUCACUGAUGAAGCUGGUGUCCGAUCUGAAACAGUUCCUGAUUCUGAACGACUUUCCCUCCGUGAACGACGCCAUCAGCCUCCAGAACCAGCAGCUGCGAUCACUGCAAGAGGAGUGCGACAAGAAACUCACAUCGCUUCGUGAUGAGAUCGCCAUUGACCUGUAUGAGCUAGAGGAAGAAUAUUACUCCUCCAGCUACAGUCUGUGGGACAGCACUGAUCUGCCCUUGUGCGAGGCCUACCGGCGACAGGACAGCUGGGCCUCUCCAGGCAGCAGCUGCAGUUCUACACCAGGUGACCGAGAGGACGUGGAUGGGCCUCCCUCACAGGAGACAAACCCUCAACACCAUCUUAACGGACACAGUGCAGCAUCGAUAGAAAAACCCUGAGGAAACUAAAUGCUGAUCGAACCACUUCUGCCCUAUUUGGACUGUAGUAGUACAGCUAAUCUAGUUUCCCAUUUUGCAUUGUGAAAUAUUGCAGAUCACAUACUGAAUCAACUAAAGACUAAAGCACUGGUAUUUCAUGACUUUCAAUUUGCAUAAAGAUAUAAAGAAGAAAACAAGAACUAGUUUGGACAAGAAUCUGCGGAAUAAUUCACAAAAAUGAUUUAUUUAAAACUUACAGAAAUUACAUUCCCUCCUUUGUUUUCAUACUUAACAUGGAUGUAGACUUUUACACUGACCAAUGCUGAGGGCAUUUUUGUAACAUUAAAAGUUUUAUUUUGUUGGACUAA